CAGCAGCGUGCAUAUAUAGCUAUCACAAACUGGCCAGAAUGACUAAAAGAUCUCAUUCGGAUUUUGUUGAACCUGGCUCUGGGAAAACAACACAGGGCCAUGAAAGCAGCAAACUCGCUCGUGGAAUUCAAAAGGAUGGCUCUAAGAAGGUAGACGCAUCAUCCAAUGAAGCCCAAGCACCAGCAGUCAAUGAGAAUGCCGAUUUAGUCGCCAAUCUAUCCUUUGCUCUUAACGCAGUUCUCAAGUCAGAAGAAACUAUCCUGAGCAGCGGCACUCUUAACAGGAUUGGCUUAGCUCGUUGCAAAGCUCUACAGCUUGAGCUCCCCAAACCAAAGAAGGCGCCCUCCAAGGCAAAAAUCGCCACCCAGGCAGAAGAGGCAUUGCCCAAGAAAACCUCCGCCGAAGUCACGCCGCCCCAAAACAUCGCCCCUUGGACAGGAGCUUCGAUCCCCGGCUCCCUCCCUACCCUCCCACCUAUCCUCUCACCCGCCCUCGAAAAGUCAGCCUUCACGCAUUCCGGCGCCCUCCCCACCAACGCUGGCCCACAAGACUCGUAUGAGCGUCUCGAGUGGGUAGGCGAUGCGUACAUCUACCUCCUUACGACCCUCCUGAUCUCCAAGACCUUCCCCGCCCUGCAACCCGGCCGAUGCGCGCAGCUGCGCGAGCUCUGCCUGAAAAAUGAAACUCUAGCAUCCUAUGCCCGGCAAUACGGGUUUGAUAAGCGGUACCAAAUCCCCAAAGACUUCGCGGCGAGGACUCCGCAGACCAAGAUCUUGGGUGAUGUCUUCGAGGCGUACGUCGCAGCGGUGAUUUACUCCGACCCCAAGAAUGGCGUCGAAAAGGCCUCGAAUUGGUUAAAAGCUCUGUGGGCAGGCACGCUCUCCAAGGAGAUUCUCGAGCAGGAUGAAGUCAACAAGACGUUGCAAACAACCGGUCCCCCCGUCGUUUCCACCACGAGCGCCAAACAGGAGCUGGCUACACAGAUAGUUAGUCGCGGGAUUAAACUUCUCUACAAAGAUGCGGACACGCCCGGAAAGGAUCCGGUGACGGGGUUUCCGCUUUACACGGUGGGUGUGUACCUAGAAGGAUGGGGUGAGAAGAACAAGUUGCUCGGAAGCGGUACUGCUCUAGGCAAGAAAGAGGCGGGCGCUAAGGCUGCAGAGGAGGCACUUAAAAGGGAUUUGUAUGUGUACAGAGAGAAGAAGAGGAUUUUCGAUGAGAUGAAUAAGGCGAAGAAAGAGGCGGCUGAGGCGGCGAAGAAUGCAUUAUAGGUGCAUUAUAGGUUGUAAAGGUUAUUGGCUACGGAUAAAAUUAGGAUACC